GUUUUGUUUUGCAAGAACGAAAGAGGAAGGGCCGCCUCCCCAGCCCGCAGGAUGAUUCCGGCAAGCCUGGAGGUUCCCGAGGUUCACGGCAACUGACUUCAGCUGAAGCACAAACGUCCUCGUUGCUGCCACAGCUGCAACCCAGGUUUUUCCUUUUCCUGCAGUUUGGCGCUUAGAAGAAGAAUUGCACCCCAGGAGCUCCUCCAGCUCUUCCCAGACCGGGUGCUCUCUCAGGGUUCUGCUCUAGUGAGAAGUGGGUCUGUGAGUGUUGGCGUGCGUGUUUAUUCCCUUCACACUUACUGAAAAGUGUGUAGGCGAGUGCAUGUGUGCAAGUGAGGUGUGUGUGUCAGAGGACAGAAGAAAAGGGGAGAGAGACUGAUCGAUUCUUCCGCCUCGACUUCAGCCUCCCUUAGUUGGCACUUUCUGUCACCAGCCUAGUCUCUCCUGGGGCACAGCUCAGAGAUGAAGUCUCCGAGGAAAGUCCUUAUGGUAGCUCCUCUGAUCUUUCUUCUGACCGUUCACACCUCCGCCUCUCCAGCCUAUGAUGACCAGCCCAGCACCAGACAUUCCGAUGGCCAUGUCUGUAUAGGUAGGUAAACAUUCCAUGUAUUUUUAAUGUGGACUAUGGGGUCAGAGACUUUGUUUGCACAGUAGAUCACUUAUUUAAUAACAUCCAUAGCUCUAAGAUUCCAAGUAAGGCAGCAGUGACCUCACCAGCAUAGAGAACUUUUGAGUCUUAGAAUGAACAUUCGCCUUAUAGGCACAUAGGUGUGUAUAGGCGUGUGAUAAAUAGUUGCUAGUGUGAAUUAGUCGUAAAAGUCUUCCAUCUCAUUGGUGGUCGGAAUCCCCCCCCCCAGAUGGGCAAUUUUAAGAGCCUGAAAUUCUUACUGCCUUUCAGGACAGUAGGCAGCAAUCCACAGCAGAAAGAAGAUGUCUUUGGCCUUGAAAUUGCUGCCACCCCCUCCCCCUCUGCUCCAUCCCUUACUGGCUGUGAAGCUUUGAGCAACUUAACACUUUCCUGCCUCUGUGUUCUUAUUGAUGAGACAGGGCUUCUGAGAUCUACUUCAUAAGGAUGUUGUCAGAACUAAGAUCAUACGAUCUAUGGUGUUGCACACACAGGAAGGAUGCAACAAUCUUCGUUUUCUUCUUCUCUCUCAGGGAGUCUAGAGUUGGCAGUAAAAGGACAGCCCUGCACAUUGACUGAGAUAGAGCUUUUUCACUUAUCCUUUAUUGACGUAUUUUAUUUCCAAGUUGUUGUUGUUUGUUGUUGUUGAGAGGAGUAUAAGUAGGAGCAGAUCUUUGAUAUUAUAUUGUACCUGCAGAUCCCAGAACAGUGUCAGCUCUUUCCAUGGAGCCAAGGAGAUUCAGAAUCUGAGUAGCAACUAUUCAAUGGGUAGAUCUCAAAACAGAAUUCAGGUUUAAGCAGCCAGAAAAAGAACUCAAGAGAUACGUAUGGUGGCCACUCCUUACAACUAAAAAAUUUGGACACGGCCUGUGAUACAUAUGAAUAAUUUCUGAAGACAGUAGAGAAAAAUAUCUAAAUUAGUCACAGUUCUUGAAAAACCAUGAUUUGGGGUCAUUAUACAUGUUAAGGAACACAACUCUGGUUUCAAAGUCUCUUUUAAAUUAAAACCUUGAUGGUGUUCCUGUCGUGGCUCAUCGGAAACGAAUCUGACUAUGAACCAUGAAGUUUGGAGUUCGAUCCCUGGCCUCACACAGUGGGUCGAGGAUCCAGCGUUGCUGUGAGCUGUGGUGUAGGUCACAGACAAAGUUCGGAUCUGGCGUUGCUGUGUCUCCGGUGUAGGCCGGCAGCAACAGCUCCAAGACCCCUAGCCUGGGAACUUCCAUAUGCCGUGGGUGUGGCUCUAAAAAGACGAAAAUAAUAAUAAUAUAAUAAUAAUAAUAAUAAUUAAAACAUUGAGACCCAGAUUCCCUGCCAAUCUAUUCUCAGGUCUAGAAGCAAAGAUCUGUGGCCUCAUUGGAACCUGGGAGGUCCUCUUACUUAGUUUUGUCAAAGAAUUAUUUACCACCAUUUCCUCAAAAUAAACCCUUAAAGCUUACCAAUGGAAAUACACCUGAGAAAGGCUUAAGUGAAACCAAUUCUACUUCUAGGAGAGUUGCAAAUUGAGUGUUUAGAUUUAUGCAAGUCAUCUAAGAUACCGGGGCCUCCGUAGCUGUAGAGAAGAUGUGAGAUGUUCAUUCCCUUCCCUGACUAGUUCUCAUUGCCAGUGAGGCAAGAGAGUUAGAAAAAGGUGUGGAGGGGAUUCCAAGAUGGGGUUGUUCUGGUUAUCCAUAUUGCAUAACAAAUUUUAAAAUAACCUUUCUGUUCUAUCAUGAUUUUGUGGGUCAAGAAUUUUUCAGAGUCUGGCUGGUGAUCUGCUGCAUGUAGGAUUGGUUGAGGUCACUAGGUGGUAUUCAGAUGGUAGACUGACGGGUCUGGAAUGAUCCAAGUUAGCUUCACUCCAUAGGUUUGGCACAUUGGAGAAGGAGAUGGCUAGAAGGCUGGCUCAGCUGGGAAUGUCUAUCAGAGUUUUUACACAGCAGUCUCAAUGUAGCUGGACUUCUUUCAUGGCAGCCCAGGGGUGGGGGGGAAGGGGAAGAGAGGGAGGGAGAGAAAAGACAGUGGACAGCAGGAAAGUGGGGUUGGAAAGUGGCACAAUAUCAUUUCUGCCAUCUUGUACUGAUCAAGCAAUCACACAUCUCUCCACUCAGACUCAAGGAGAGGGACACAGAUCCCUCCUUUUGAUGGGGAGUGUCAGGGAAUUUUCAGCUGUCUGGAUUCUCCCAGGCUGCCCAUGCAAACAUUCCACAGCCCCAAGAGCUCAGAGUCUAUUGUUGAUUAGGUUUGAUGAUGAGUUAGCACCUAUUUCCACACCAAUCUGAUACUGGAAAAGCUUUAUCCUAAGUCCAAACUCUUGGAGUUCCCUAGUGGCCUAGUGUUGUCACUGCUGUGGCUCAGGUUCAAUCCUUGGCCUAUCCGGAAAAUUCUGCAAGCUGCUGGUGCAGCCAAAAAAAAAAGAAAAGAAAAAAGUCCUGGCUCCUGUUCAACUGGUCUUAGAAUUUGGGCAAGGAGCACAAAGGAAAAAAAAAUUACACGGUGGCUGAAGCGCACAGAGAAUAAAGAAGCAGUUUAUUAAGGCAAAAACGAAAGGACACAAAAAUGAGUGCAGGAUUCUCCCUGAGAGGGACACCUUGCAGGUCUUUUGGGUCCCCGUUUUUUUCUUUUUUUUAACUCUUUGGGUGGGUGUCUUAUUUGACUAGGGAUGGAACGCUUGUCUUUUUGUCUUUCUAGGGCCGCAGGUGCGGCAUAUGGAGGUUCCCCGGCUAGAGGUCAAAUCGGAGCUGUUGCUUCUGGCCUACGCCACAGCCACACCGGAUCAGAGCCGCAUCUGUGACCCACGCCACAGCUCCCGACCCCACCGGUGUGUCAACCCGCUGAGCGGGUGCCAGGCAUCGAACCUGUAACCUCGUGGUUCCUAGUCGGAUUUGUUUCCGCUGCACCAUGACAGGAGCUCCACGGGAUGGACCGUUUGUUGAGGGGGAGGUUGGGGUGUGGCAGGUCAGCUCCUAGGCCUGCGCACUCGGCUCCCGGAAGCCGGGGAACAUGCGCUGUAGGAGCUGUUUUCCCUUGCCUUUCCCUGACCCGUGGAGCGCCGCCCCGGAAAAGCGCAGAGCGACCUGGGUGUUUUUAUUGCGCAUGCUCCACGGCUUUUCCCGUCGCCAUUUCUUGUUCAGUGGCUGCAAAGUUUCUGACUUCGAUGCCAUGCCUCCACGCGUCAUGCCCUCAUUCAGUGCACGACAAGGAGGUGGCUUUGCCCUCUGCCCGAUGUCUAUAGGUGAGGCUGUCCUUGGGCUCGGUCCUGGCUUUUCUGCUUCAAACUCACAAACUGUGGCUCCCCCUGCCUGGGUGGCUUGUCUGCUUGUCGUCGUGAUCAGGAGAAAGGAGUCCGCAAGCGAUCAACACUGACGAUGCUGAACCGGGUGCCGCAGGUGGUCUGAACUCUGGUGUCUUACUGUUUGAAGAUGGUUCCUUGGGAAAACGGACUCAGAAAUGUGUGUGCGGAGAGUUUAUUGACGCGGGCUUGAAGGGAAAACACCUGUGAGGGAGUGAAGGCAGCAGGUGCAGGCAGGAGAAGGUGAGCUGUGCUGUAGCCACCGAGAAAGAAAAAGAAAGCUUCAGUCAAGCCCCUGGCAAACUCUAGAGCUCAAAUGGCUUGUCAGAGCCAUUCUCAGUGGAUGGGCCUUGGCGCCCCACUCUGAACAGUCACUGGAUGCGAACAGACCUCUGGGGGUGAGCCCCCGUGGUGGAGACAGUGCCUGGAGAGGGAUCCAGUGCGAGGCCCCAGCAGCUGGCAGGAAGGGGGCCUCUCCUGAAAGGCGACCUGGGGUUGCUUCGACUCUCUCGUGCCAAAAGUGCAAGUGUCUUAGAAGCAGCGAGGGUGUGUGCUGGUGGUGUCUAUGAUUGAACAGCUUGUUCAAGUUCACAACUCGACAGUCCAGACCUCGAUGGAGAGACUGUGCAGCUACUUGCCUGAAAAACUGUUCUUGAAGACCACCUGCUAUGUAGUGGUGCGCAUGUUUGGACCAGACAUCAUUAAACUGCUUGAAGCAAAACUGAAUGCUGAUGUGGUGUGUCACACCCUGAAGUUUUGUAAACAGGACCCUGGCCAACCAUUGUGUCACCUCUAUCCCCUUCCCAAGGAGGCGUGGAAAUUUACACUGACGAAGGCAAGACAGAUCGUCAAGAAAUCCCCAACUCUGACCUAUUCCAGAAGUGAUUCUGAUAUUUGUUCCCUCCCAUUUUUGGCGAAGAUCUGUCAGAAGAUUAAAUUAGCUAUUGAAAAUUCUCUGCCAUUCAAAGAUACAGAUUCAGACAAAUACAGUGUUUUCCCAACCCUGCGGGGCUAUCACUGGCGAGGGAGGGACUGUAACGACAACGACAAGAUGGUAUACCCGGGCAGAAGGCCCAACAGCUGGGAUGUACAUCAGGAUUCGAACUGUAAUGGCAUUUGGGGUGUCGAUCCAAAAGAUGGAAUUCCAUAUGAGAAGAAAUUUUGUGAAGGUUCACAGCCCAGGGGAAUCAUUUUGCUGGGAGACUCGGCUGGGGCUCAUUUUCAUAUCCCUCCAGAAUGGAUCACAGCUUCGCAGAUGUCUUUGAAAUCCUUCUUCAAUUUACCAGCAGCUCUUACUGAUGAGCUCAACUGGCCCCAACUCUCUGGUGCUACUGGAUUUCUGAACUCUACUAGCGGACUUAAAGAAAACUCUAUCUACCUUCGUUUACGGAAAAGGAACCGCUGCAAUCACAGGGACUACCAGAACAUUUCAAGAAACGGUGCAUCUUCCCAAAACCUGGAGAGCUUUAUAGAAAGUUUGUCUAGGAACCAGCUGCUGGACCAUCCAGCCAUCGUCAUAUAUGCCAUGAUUGGAAAUGAUGUUUGCAACGGGAAAACUAACCCAGUCCCAGCAAUGACCACUCCUGAGAAACUCUUCUCCAAGGUCAUGCAGACUCUGCAGUAUCUAGAUUCCCACCUACCAAAUGGCAGCCAUGUUAUCUUAUUCGGCUUACCAGAUGGAACCUUUCUCUGGGAUAAUUUGCACAACAGAUAUCAUCCUCUCGGCCAGCUAAACAAGGACGUGACCUACGAGCAUUUCUACUCCUUCCUGAACUGUCUCCAGGUCAGCCCCUGCCAUGGAUGGAUGUCCUCCAACCGGACGCUGAGGACUCUCACUUCAGAGAGAGCAGAACAACUCUCCAGUACGCUGAAAAGAAUUGCAACCAGCCAGAAAUUUGCAAACUUCAAUCUUUUCUACAUGGAUUUUGACUUCCGAGAAAUCAUGGAGGAGUGGCGAAAGAGAGGCGGGCAGCCCUGGCAGCUCAUCGAACCUGUCGAUGGAUUCCACCCCAAUGAGGUGGCUUUACAGCUGUUGGCAGAUGGCUUCUGGAAGAAGGCGCAGCUCCAGUGGCCCCAGGUCCUGGGAAAGGAGAAUCCAUUCAACCACCAGAUCGAGCAGGUGUUUGGAGACCAAGGGGGGCACUGAGUCCCCAAGGACACAUGUUCCUGGGUAACUCAGGGGGACAGAAAUAUGGGUCAGCUCAUUUAAAAGACUGUUAUGGGGCUGUCGUGUCACAAACUCACAGGACCCUCCUCUUAGUAGCAUCUUUGCAAAGUGCGUUUCUCUCAUUUAAGAGCUUAUCUAAAUGACAGUGUGAUUCUGCGUGAUUCUGGGGUCAGUGACCCUCUAACCCUCAAAUAACCUUUAAUAAAGUACUUUGAGUGCCAUUCCAA